AUGACUGAGGCAGAGCGGCCCCAGCUCCCGCCACCAGCGCCUCAGCGGCGUUUUCCCGCCUUUUUUCGUGUCCCCGCCACGGCCCAGCGGCGCCUCAGAUGGAAAUACACACACAAGUCAUUGCUGCUGGAGGCCACCAAACUGACCAUCACCAGGGAAACACACGUGGCAACUAUUGAGCAAAAGAAUGAGCAGAAGUCAUGGAAAACCAUUUGGAACUACAGCAUGGGCCUUAUUGCAAGCAAAGUGCUGCCAGAGAGAAUUUGCAUAAUUUCCACAAUGAACAGAAAUGAGAUCCCCAGCUUGUAUGCACUUCCUGAACUGUCCCGAGAGCAGGGUGAAAGACCACCUGCAAAGGAGAUGACAUUCAUCUACAGCAGAUUCAUCUAUAACCUCUAGUCUUAUGGAUUUGACUUCUUCAUGAUGUGCAGAGGUGUCCCCACCUACCUUGCUUGUGAAGUUCGUGAUUGA